AUGGGUGGAUGUGAGAUUACAUCAUAUAAAGGCAGUCGUGUGGUGGGUGUAUGCAUUAUAACGUCAAAUAAAUACAGCCAUAUGAUGGGUUUGUGGAAGAUUAUGCCCGCCACAUCACAGACAGCCGAAAAUGUGAUUGAUUGUUCUGAAAGCUACACGUACUACAGUUACGUGACAUCAGCUUGUUACCAUUUCUCUGAUACCAAAAUAUCCUGGACAGACGCCAAAAAGACGUGUGAAAAUUACGUAUUCACCUCAGGUGGUUAUUUAGCAGAUAUUGAGAGCCAACAGGAAUCUGAUUAUCUAGUGAAUAUUAUUCAGCAAUAUGUCGGUGAAGACGACUUUUGGAUUGGCCUUUCGUACGUCAGUACUGCAGCCGAUUGGUAUUGGGUAGGUGAUAAUGGCAAUCAAAAUAUUGUAUGGGAAUAUUGGGAAUUAAAUGCUCUGGGAUCUCACACCUGUGGAUUAAUGAAGAAGAGUGAAUCAUAUCGUUGGUCCGACGAAGACUGUAACCACAACAAAAGAUAUAUAUGCAAAACCGAACUAAAACUGACAACCACGAUCUCGAUAUCCCCUGAAACUGUUUCUACUAUUCCAACAACACUGAUUCAAACUGUGCGUUCUACCAACCCAUCAGCACUAGCUCCCACACUGUCUCCCAUUUCCAGUGGAUGCUUUAAUACGUCGGCAUUACUAGAUGAUCCGGAAAUGUUUCGUACUUUACUGGAUUACGCAAUUUGUGAACAUGAAGAGGAUCACUUGAGUCAAUUACAAACAGUAACGAGGGAUAGCAGUAAAUUAAUUAGAGUACUCAAAGCAGUUGAUGAUUUUACUACAGAUAUUUCAAAGAUGUUGAACAGUGGUGAUAUCAUUAUUGCUAGUACUGAUUAUAUACAGUUAGAAAUUGUGUCCCACCGAAUGGAACGACAUCUCACACAAUGGAUGUUUAGUGAAAAGACUACCAGUGGAACAAAUAACGGCAAGAAAUCAUCCGACUCUAACUUUGUCGUUGUUCCACUGCCUUUUGUGCAGCAGAAUUCAUCCAUGGUAACUACUGGAAUAUCGUAUAAAUGCAAUGGUACUGCGGUAUCAGACGAAAAUAUCUCAAGUGAUAUAAUAUCUGCUUCGUUAAUACACAACGAUGUCGUCAGUAGUGUGCCUGUUUCAUUUUCAUUGAAAUUGAUGAGCGGUGACGAAAUUUACCCUGACAAUGACAUAUGUGCAUUUCUACAAUUCACAAACUCAUACGAGGGAGAAUGGCAGACUACAGGAUGUGAACUGAUCAGCCAUGUUGGGUCACGUGUCAACUGUCAGUGUAACCAUACAACAAACUUUGCGUUAUUACUACAAGUUGUGCCAUUCCAGGUUAUGUGUAAGGUAUCAGCUAUGGUGCUGCACUAUGCGUGGACAGCCGUAUUUUGUUGGAUGCUGAUAGAGGGGAUACAGCUUUAUCGUCAAAUUGUAACAGUUUAUGGAAGUGAAAAAAGUUGGAUGAAGUAUUAUUACUUCAUUGGAUGGGGAUUACCUAUAUGUAUAGUGGGCGUGACUGGAUCAAUUAACUGGCAGGAUUAUGGUGCUGGAAAUAACUGUUGGCUAUCCGCUACAAGUGGCCUCAUUUGGAUCUUUGUUGCAACUGUUCUAGUUAUAGUACUAGUUAACAGUAUUAUAUUAAUACGUGUUGUUAUUGUGGUCUACAUCGCGUCUAGUAACAAGGAUCAUGGGAAAAACAAUGUAAAGGCUACUGUGCGAAGUGCUCUGAUGUUGUUACCUCUUCUUGGAUUAACAUGGUUGUUCGGAAUAUUUGCUGUUAACAAUGAUACUAUUAUUUUUCUGUACUUGUUUGCAAUUUGCAAUUCCUUACAGGGGGUGUUCGUUGUUGUGCUCCACAUAUUAUUGAACAGUGAGGUACGUAGCGCAGUAAAACGAAAACAGGAUAUACGUGCAGUGGAAAAGGGUACAUUGAUGAUAGGAGCAUCGAUGAUGAGCAGUGUUGGUAGCAUGACAGAUGCCACUUGUGACAAUCCAGAAAAACUAACUUUGAACUGUCCAGACAAUGCAGUAGAUGAUUGUCCCACAGUUCAUGGUGAAUUGAAAUCACAUGGGUUGAACAGUAAUGGUAUUCCACAUGUAGUACCCACAGAAGGAUUUACAGUUGACAAGAUUACAAAGAGGUCAAUAACAGUUUCCUAUCCAGAUGCUAAUAUCACUACUAAGUUUGUGAUGCCGUUAACAGCAUUUUCUGCAAUCCACAAAAAACAGAUUACCAGUAUGGAUAUCUCAUCUGGAGGAGCACUUGGUGUGUCAGCUGCAAUGGAUGGACAGCUCCUUAUAUGGCAGACAAGUGAUGGAUCUAUAAGGAGAGAUCUGAAGGGUCACCUUGGUGACGUCAACUGUUGUCGAUUUUUCCCAUCUGGUGUGGUCGUACUCAGUGGUGGAUCUGAUAUGAUGUUAAAAAUCUGGUCAGCUGAAGACGGCAAAUGUCCAGUUACGCUGAAAGGACAUAAAGGAGGUAUUACAGACACUGCUAUGGUGGACAGAGGGAGGAAUGUUGUAUCCUGCAGUCGUGAUGGUACCGCUAAAUUAUGGGACUGUGGUCAGUCUAAAUGUCUUGCUACCAUAGAGUGUGGAUGUAUAGUAAAUAGCUGUGAUUUAGGUGAAGCCAAUAAUGCAGUCAGUCUUGGCACAGUACAGGGUAUCGCAAAUGAAAGAGAAGUCGGCACAGAAGGUAAAUUAUUAUUAUUAGCACGAGAGGAUGGUAUUCUUCAAGGCGUUGGGUUACAAUCUAGACAAAGUAUAUUUGAAAUACCGGGUACAGACUCAUUUAACUGUUGUUGUAUGUUGUCAACAAGUCAGGUGAUUGGUGGAACACAAGACGGUCGUAUUUACAUCAUUGACAUUCGGAAUACAAGGUCAUUACUAUUUACUGGUACUCAAGUACCUGUGUAUAAUUUGUGCUGCCAAGAACAUGCAGAUACCACACUGCAUGUUUUCCUGUUUUCCGGAAUAUUUGUACAAGUUGCCCCCAAUAAUGUUGGCUAA